AAUAAAUAACUAGAUUUGGCCAUAGGUUAAUCCUAUUUUCCGUUUUAUUACUAAUUUUAUUGGGAUUAGCUUCGUCUGUACACUCCUCAUCCCUUCCUUGUUGUCCACAUACAGCCCCGGCAGGUGUUUAACGCACCAAAUAAGACCGUUCAGCUUCGUUAGUCACCGGCUCGGAUACACGCGACGCUACCAAUACAUCUGUAUUGUGUUUUUCAUACAGUUUUUGUCAAUAUGAUGACAAACGUAUGUUGGUCCUGUCAACCAAUCAGGUCUCGUAUUUCGCAAUGAAUUUUUUCUGUGAAUUUGAACAAAGAAAAGCGCCAGUGUACGUGAGUGUGAUACAGCGCUCAGUCGUAUACCCACCUUGACAUUUUUGUGGCACUGUCUCGUGAAUAACAAGUUGUGGUGUGAAUAGCGAGGGUACUGAGACCUUCGAGGGAAAACCCGCUUUCUUGGAAACCAACCAAAACUGCCAGCAGCAGACCGUCAACGUUUUCCCGCCUAGAAUGUUUCAAAGAGGUUUCGUCUGCUGGAGAGAAAGUUCCUCGCAGAUAAAAUGACAUGGAUAUACGUUCACGCGUCCUGAAAAGGUUUGGUGUUGCUCAUCAGACAACCUGUUACUGUGCAGCAUAGAUAUUCCUGUGUGUUAUUGAUUGAACGUUUCUGUAUGUACAUACGUGACGGAGAGUGUGUGGGCCAUAGUGAAAAUGUUGGUCAUGCCUUUGAAUGUGUGAUUCAAUUUACUUCUGUCAGUAAGGUACAUGAUUAACCUAGUGUGUUUUGUUUUUCGUCCGAACGUCUGAACGUCCAUGUCCAACAUGUCAGGAAGACCAGUCCGUCUGUUUGAUGCAUCUGAUACAUGCGAUGAACGAUUCCGCCCCGGAUUCAUGUACGAACCAGAUAAUCCUACAAUUCUGUGCAACACGGCAGGCAAAAAUAAUGUCGUUAAAACAUACGAGAACAACAAUGACAAUGAAACUGUGGAUACGGAAUACAUCCGCACUCUAGAAGUUAGCCAGGCGCCCGAUACGUUCCCUUGUGGGCACGUCUUGUGUCACCACUGCCUGAGGCGCCACAUGCACAGAAACUACUCGAGAACUUUGCGAUGUCCAGUGUGUUACCAGAUAGUUACUUUGAACAUGUCCAGCAUGGAACCGCCCCUGUCUCCGCUUUCGCCGACGUCCCCUAAGUCGCCGGGAAUGAUCGACGACGACGCCGGCCCGAACGUGUCUCUUCUGUCCAACUUCGACGAGAUCGUCAAGAAGUUCAACGGCGUCAACCACAACCUGCGGCGACUGAAGAACGAGAGCGUGUCUGCGCGGAGUCUGGGCAUGACGUACACCAACACCCACUGCGACCUCUGCAACCAGAACCACGGCACGCUGAGGGUGGUUCAGGAGAUGAACCAGCUGCAGCUGUCCCACGAGCGACCGUCGCGCUGCCUCGCCUACUACUACAGGCUCGCCCAGGGUCGCAUCGUCACGACGUUCCACAGCAAAGUAAAUUCAGCCUGCAUUUGCGUCCCUUGCUCCUACAAAGAGCUGAGAGACACGAAGAAGGUUCCGGAGCUGGAGUAUAUCACGGACAACGAGGCUGACCACGAGCCGCAGACGUGUCUGGCAGCAGUGGGCAAGCUGAUCGCCAAGAACACGGCUCCCAUCAUGGCUCUCAAAGGGAAGAACGUCAUAGAGAUCGAGCACACCAUCAGGGUGAGGGAGAGGGCGGACAACUUCGACUUCUUCGACACGACCGACAGGAUAGAGAGCAUGGUGAAACAGCACGAGAGGAGUCUGCUCAAAAUGGCCACCAAACAGAUCAAGGACACUGGGAAGUUGUACCACGUGCAGGAGACCAACGAGGUCGAACUUAACUUGGACGAAACUGAUGUGUGAAGUAUUUAUCAAAUAUUAAUGCUUUCGUGGAGUGGGUGGGUGAACGCUUUUCCUGUUGUGAUUUGUACAUACAGUAUAACCAUGGCUGGCAUCAAACACAACCAAAAGCCUAUACUAAAAUAAUGCUUUCAUGGAGUGGAUCAACGCUCGUCAAUGUAGUGAUUUUGUGCAUACAGUGUAACCCUGUCUGACAUUAAACACAACUAAAAGCCUAUAAUAUAGGCUUUUUAUAUUCAGGUUGUAAUAACAAACAUAUGUUGUUUCCGUUGUAGACAGGUGGUUAUUUAAGCAGAUUCAAUUGUCCUCUGUCUAACAGGCUAUGGAUUAUAAAACCAGGAUUAGAUUCUUCAAAUGGAUUGGAUUAGAAGAAUGCAUUAGUACUAUAAUCUGUUUUCUUCUUUGCUUUUUUAAUUCAUCGAUGACCAAUAUUUUGUGAAAUGAUUUCAUAACCAGCAAAAUUCGAAACAGCUACUUUACAUGAGAGCAAACCAUUAUUACUAGCUUCGUGAACACCACAAUUACAUGUAUACGAGGAAUAUUAAUUCUGAAUUGGAUACCACAGUACGUACUGUAGCGUGGUUAUGUUUUAUUUCUUUAUAUGAAGUUGCAUCAUAUAUUUAUCACUUGGAAAGUAUAGCUAAGAUGUAAAGGAUAAGAAACAUUCAAUAAAUAGAAGUCAAGUCCAUUUGAACUGAAACAUUAACAGCGAGUGUUUCAGUGCUUAUAACGAUCGAAUUAUGUUAAUUUCAGAAAUAUUUGGCAAUAAUCAAAUGCCAUUACAUGUAUUUACACUGAGUGUCCGAAUCCAAUGCCUAAAUCGAAUUGUGCUAUUAUACCCUAUGAACUUGAAAGACACGAUAACGAGUAUGGCCUGAACAAUACAGUGGAUAGAAAAAAGGAACUAUCGACUUUCAAUAUGAAACAUAAAGUUCUGAGAAAGCUUUUCCAACUAUAAUGCAUCUCCAAAUGGGACCAAUUUCCUGUGUUUUAAGUAUGUGCACUCGUUCAAUAUGACAGAUACGAAUCAAUACAGGAAACAGAUCUGUUUUAGUUCGCCUUAAAUUGGAUGAAUCUCGCUUUGGAAUUAGUCCCUUGUCACCAGUUGUUCGCAGUUAUUCGUGUCUGGAUUAAUGGGAUGUGUUUUCUUGUGGAACUGUACACUUUAUGUACGUUCGAAGCAAAAAUGUGAGAUGCUGUGGAUACACAAUUCAUAAAGAACAAAACGGAGGGGUGCGGGAGAGAAUAUGAGCCGAGUUUAUGAAGCCUGUUUUUUUUUUAAGCACAGGUGUUUAAGAAUUGUAAAUACAUAUGAGGCCGAAUUUACGAAGCUCGUUAGACUACACACAUGUAGCUAUAUAUAUACAUUUACUAUGCUUAAACACCUGCGUUUAAGAAAAAACAGGCUUCAUAAAUUUGGCCCAUAGUUACACGUGUCUAAAACAGGCUUUGUAAAUUCGAAUCUAUAUUUUUACGGCAACAAUAGUUUUAGAAUAUUAGUGCAUAAUGUUUGAUCGUCAUGUCUUACUUUUUUUUGAGAACACUAAUCAUUUUAGAUAUGGGUUGUUUUUGUUUUUCUUUAAAUAAAUAAAAUUGGGGUUGUGGAAUCAUUAGGUUUUUAUCUAGCAACACCAGCAUUUAAUUAAUAUCACAAAGUUGAUUUUUGUUUUAUAUAAUAAAAUUGGGAUUGUGGA